AUGGAGAUGUCGUCGCCACUAGCAGCCAUGCACCCGCCUGCCGCCAUUCCUGGCCCGUGGGGCUACAGACGCGACCUGCCGCCCUCGAAGCCUUUGUUUGGCGCCCACGCUCUGGGCCCAAAGAACUUCAACUUCAGAGACAUGAGCAUGAGGAAGGGAGGCAUGGACUACUUCGCCAUCCAGCCAAUGAGGGGCUCGUCGCCCACCGCAAGUCUGGCCGCCGACAUGUCGUCCAAUCUGCAUGUCGACCAGAGCCCUCAGCUUGCUACGCCCCGUCGGUCGCUAUUUACGUCGAGUCUGUUUCAGCAGGUCGAUGCCCAGGCAGCAGAAGGCGUCACCACCCCUCCUGUCAGAUGGGAAGGUGUCACCACACCACCGAUUCCCGAUUCCUCGCCCAGCUUCGUGCCUGACUCGAUGGACAUCUCGCCUCUGCCUCACAAGGCCCCCUUCCACUACAUCACACUGCCCUCGCCUUCUCCCGAGGUAAUGCACGGCGACGGAGACGACAUGCUUUCCCCCAGCGAACUGCCGCAACUCUCUGCGAACAACUUCGAUAUCCCACGACCAAGCUCUGCUGCCGACCGCAAGAAGUCCAUCCUCCUCCGGCCUUCUCUCUCACGCACCAAGAACUUCUCGACCAACACGGUAUCCUUCAAGCAGCAGGAGCAGCAGCCGUGCCCUCCGUUCAGGUUUGGUGCUGGCUGUGACGGCUUUGGCAACAUUGGCAACACAUCUUCCCCCAGCCUUGACGAGUGCUUCGCCCCAUCACCACCCCAAGAACGCCGCCCGUGCUCUAAUGGAUCGCUCUUCGCGUCAUCAAAAGCCAAGCCCUUCCCCUUUGGCUCCAAUCUGCAGUCUCGCAACAACGGCUCACCCCUUGCUGCCAUCAGGAAACAAAGUGCCGCCCACUCGCGCCCUCGACCCAGUAAGAUGAGGAGAUCGCUGAGCAUGUUUGAGCAUCCUGGCGACGUGAUGAAUGCAAAGCAAGACGGUGACGAGUCUCACUCCCCCUCUGGCUUGUCGUCUGUGAUGGAUACAGAAGAGUCCCCUUUGCUCAAGCUGCCUCACUUCACUCCCUCCGAGCCUGAGAGUCUUCCCCGCAUUGACCAUGCCACACUCAUCCAAGUGCUUGACGGUGUUUACGAUGACAUGUACGACGAGAAGGCCAUCAUCGAUUGCCGUUUCGAGUAUGAGUACAACGGUGGACACAUCGAAGGCGCAGUGAACUUUUGUGACAAGGAGCAACUGGCGGAACGUCUCUUCUCUACUCCCUCAACCACCAACACCCUCCUCAUCCUCCACUGUGAAUACUCUGCGCAUCGCGCUCCUCUUAUGGCUAAGUUUGUGCGCUCGCAAGAUCGCAAGGAGAAUGCGCACCGCUACCCUGCACUGCACUACCCUGAGGUCUACAUCCUUGAUGGUGGUUACAGCUCUUUCUACCACUCUAAUUCGACUCGGUGCUUCCCGCAGAACUAUCUUCGGAUGGACGCCAAGGAGCACGAGCAAUCCUGCGAACGCGGUCUGAACAAGCUUCGACAACGCUCAAAGCUCAACCGCGCGCACACAUUUGCAAUUGGCCAACACUCUUGCCAGAUGGAAGACAGCCCCACGGCUCUCGGCCGGUCAAAGAGUGGAGGCAACAUUUUCACGCUUGGCGACGACUCUCCCAACGUUGGACGAAUAGGCGCUUCGCGUCGCAUGGCCUCGUACUGA